CUCCUGCUGCUUCUGGCUAGUGCUACGUUAGUGUCAUCGUCUUAUCGGUUUGGGGUUUGACAACAGAAACACCAGCCUUAUUUCGUGUCCAGCCACGAAUCCCUAUUUCCACUGGGGUCUCUGGAGAGAUGAACAACAACGGGAAUAAGAGAGCUCCAACCACAGCCACUCAGCGACUUAAGCAGGAUUACCUCAGGAUAAAGAAAGACCCCGUGCCUUACAUCUGUGCAGAACCUCUCCCCUCCAACAUCCUAGAAUGGCACUAUGUGGUCAGAGGUCCUGAGAAAACUCCAUAUGAAGGAGGAUAUUAUCACGGGAAGCUCAUAUUUCCUCGGGAAUUCCCUUUUAAACCACCAAGUAUCUAUAUGAUAACACCAAAUGGGAGAUUUAAGUGUAAUACAAGGUUAUGUUUGUCCAUCACAGACUUCCAUCCAGACACGUGGAACCCUGCGUGGUCCGUCUCCACCAUCCUCACAGGUCUGCUCAGCUUCAUGGUGGAGAAAGGCCCCACCCUUGGCAGCAUCGAGACCUCUGACUACACGAAAAGACAGCUGUCAGCCCAAAGCCUGGCCUUCAACCUCAAGGACAAAGUGUUCUGCGAGCUGUUUCCUGAUGUAGUCGACGAGAUGAAGCAGAAACAGAAGGCCCAGGAGGAGUUAAGCGCCCGCACUCAGCCCCUCCCCUUACCUGACGUGGUGCCUGACGGUGACCCUCAGCACGCCCACUACGGCCUCCCCGCCCUCAACGGAGGUCCCGUCCCCCUCGGGGCCGGCAACCCCGCCCCUGGCCUGCAGCAGGCCAAUCGCAACCAUGGACUUCUAGGUGGCGCUCUAGCCAACCUGUUUGUGAUUGUGGGCUUCGCAGCGUUCGCCUACACAGUCAAGUACGUGCUGAGGAGCAUAGCCCAGGAGUGAGAGGGGCUGGUGUUGUAGGGCGGCGCUCCCCCUCAACAGGCGAGCCAGCUAGUGGACUCCACAUUCUACAAACACACUACGUGGGGAGGGAUGUUCAGUCCUGGGUUAUACCUCUCCACCACCACCACCACCACCACCAUGGACUUUGGAAGACAGAAACUCAAAGCCUGACCCACCCAGGAAGGAUUGAGAGCAGGGGGGAGGUGGGAGUGGAAAGGAGUGGCAGCGGGGCCGGGGGAUUGGAGGGGCUUAUUAAAACGGUUGUGAUCCACUCUGUGCUUCAGUGGUUUAUGUCAGUAGUAGGAACAAACUUGGCUCAUGGGUUGUGGAAGAGUGUAGAACAGCGGCUGUGUUGUCCAGGUUGUCACAACAGAAUAAAUCUUUGCUGGCGUGAAAUAACACGCACCAUUCUGCUCCUGUACAAUAAUGAAUAUUACUUGUAAAAGCUUGUUUUUCAAUUACAGUUCUAAGCAGGUAAUUUCCAUCAUCCCCUGCCCACCACCUUUACAUAAGGUAUUUCCUUUUGCAUUGUUUCAUGAUCAUUUAUUAGAUCAUUAAGACUCCUCAGGGUGUGACUCUGAUUUAUUGUUAACCUGUGGCAAUUGUUGCAAAGCCAAGUGUUUUCAGAGAGAAGGGGAGUACCACAAAUAGCUGCUCUGUGGUGAUCCCAAUCCAUUAUGUGCAUUAGAAGUGACCCCAACUUUAAAGGCAGAAUGAGUAGGAUUUUCCUAAAAUAAAAAAAAACGAAACAAUGUAUAGACUCAUACAAAAGUAAUCCCUCUCAGUCAUCACUUAUGACCCACUAGAAGUGUGUAGUGUUGUCUGUAUCAGACCCUGCCAUCUGCCUGUAUUUUUUUAUUUUUCGGUGUUCAGGACAUUUCUGGGUGUCAACAUUUGAGUAGUGGGUGUGUAGACCCCAGCCCAUAACAGCAUGCAGGGUGUGAGAUCGGGACUGAAUAAAAAUGUAGCUGCACUGCAGCGUAGCACUUCUGGUUGUUGUUGAGCUGGGAAGGAGGGACCAACUUUGAAUUUUGUUUACAAGCCGCAACAAACAAAUCUGCUCAUUCUGCCUUUUAAAAGUGCAGUGUGCUGAAUUUAGUGGCAUCUAGUGGAAGGGACUUGGUAGAAAUUGAAUAUAAUCAUGAGUAUGUUUAAUUAGUGUAUAAUCCCAUGAAAAUUCAAAUCAAUGUUUUUUUGUUACCUUGGAAUGAGAGCAGAGAGCAACUUCCCUCACUGCUAGAUGCCACUAAAUCUUACACCCUGCCUAAUUUGACCUAUGUUUUUUGGCAGUACUUCAGUUUGUCUUUAUACAUUUCCAUGGAAUAGCUUGAAGGCCUCACCUUUCAAGAAUCGCUACCUUCAAUUUCACUUUGUCACUGGUGGCUUUGAGUAUUUCUGCACUGGGUGUAUCUAUCUGGGCAAAAGAAGUGUGUUGCUAGGGAUGUGUUGGCCUCCAGAUCAAAUGAAGCACUUCAUCACAACAGACCAGAGGUGGUCCACAGUCAAAAGACCACAGUGUCAGUGGCAGGCCUGAGGUCUCAUUAUGUGUCAUAAAUGUGUCUACAUAUUUUAAGCACAACGGGACCUAGUUGAAACUGCCGACUGUUGACAAACAGGACAGGAGAACAAGCUUUAUGACUUUGUAGGUCAUGAAGCUCAUUAGGAUUAAAUAACUAAUGAGAAAACUAUGUAUGAGCCAACGGCAAAAACAAUAUGUACAAGUAGUAGUAUAUGCAAAUAUGUUCCAGAAAUAGUAUGCAUUACACACGUCGGUACUUGUAGGUUAUGAAAUCCACCAGAGCUUACUGCUGAGGAUCACGGGCCAAGAGACAUAGUAUUCCUAGAGCAGACAAGUGUAUUUAUGUCUAUGUAUCUCUACAUAUAUAAGCAUAUAAUCAACUUGGCGUGUCAGUCUGUAAGACAGCUGCUGGUAUGAGUCCAUAAGUUCCUCCAGUCAACCCAUGAGCCAAGUACUGAACCCAGUGUCUGCACAGAAGUAGAGACCAGUACAUUUUUUAAAUUGGCUUAGCUGACCAGUAUAGCACCGCUCUAUAUAGGUCCAAAUAAGAAGACAUGAAAAGAACCAACCUUUUGUUCUGUAUAUUUUUCAUAAUUUUUUUUUCUUUUCAUUUUUUGUGUUUUCUUUAUUUAUAGAUAAAGCCCCGGCUUGUCUGUCAUGGUUCUGAGGAAAUGUUUAGUGUUUGCUGAGCAGGGCAGAGAGGGCAAACAGACACCUACACACACACACAAACACAGGCCAUGGCCCAGGCUCACAUGAUUGCUGAUAAUUUACUGUUGUGCAUUGCAUUUAGUAAAGAUGGUUCUACUGUGUAUCUGAUGUUUCAACCGAAUAAUGGUCUGGAAGCAGGAGAUUUGCCUUUUUAUUGCUCUUCUUUUCUUGGCACCAUCUUUAAAACAAAAAAAAACAACAAAAAAAAAGACACUGAUGAUGGGAGUGCGUUUGUGUGAUUAUACAGCAAAUGCCUACAUUUCCAUGCUUCAGUUAAUCUUGUGUGACAUUGUAUGUUUUCAUAGUAAAUGCAAAUAAAUCACCCUGCUUGGCGGGGCAUUUUAGAAAACUA